AUGCUUCUGCACUCCCGCCUUCGACCCCUCCCCCGCCGCCAGAAUCAACAACAACAGCAACCAGAAUGCCCCUCCUUUGCCCCUCCUCCAGAUUUCCAGGACGACGAAAUCGACAAUGAAUCCCCAGAGGACCUCUUCACGUCCUUUCUCCCGCACCUCUUCCCUGACGAUGCUCCCUCGUUCCACGGAGACCCCGGCCAGCAACUCCUCUACUCGUCGCCGCGCUACGGCAAUCUCGAGAUUAUGGUCCCGUCCUAUCCCAACCAGAGCGACAAACGCACCGAGGAGAUCGCCGCCGGUCAGACCCGGCCCGACGGACAGGUGAACGAGGUCGAGGAGGGACGGAAGCUGUUUGCGCAUUUUCUAUGGAGCGCGGCGAUGGUUGUCGCUGAGGGGGUUGAGAAGGCUGAUACGCUGGACAGCGAGGGUCAGUUGGAUGCUGAUACUGCAAUGUGGCUGGCUAAGGGGCAUAGUGUGUUGGAAUUGGGAGCGGGCGCCGGCCUCCCCUCCGUAAUCUGUUCCCUCGCAGGAUCCUCCCCCGUCACCAUCACCGACCACCCCUCCUCGCCCGCCCUCACCGGCGCGAUCACCUCCAACAUCGACCACAACAUUCCCCCCUCGAAGCAAUCCACCGUAUCUAUGCAGCCGCACGAAUGGGGAACCCUCACUUCCGACCCCUGGGCUCUCUCCGCCAAGGGCACAUACACCCGCAUCAUCGCCGCAGAUUGCUACUGGAUGCGCUCGCAGCACGAGAACCUGGCGCGCACGAUGCUCUGGUUCCUGGCGCCCGGGGGCAAGGUCUGGGUCGUGGCGGGGUUCCAUACGGGGCGGCCGAUCGUGGCGGGGUUCUUUGAGACGGCGGUGCAGUUGGGUUUGGAGAUUGAGAGGAUCCAUGAACGGGAUUUGAAUUCUGUGACUGAGGAUGGGCGGGAGGUUAGACGGGAGUGGGUGUCUGAGAGGGAGGGCGAGGGACCGGAGAAUCGGAAACGGUGGUGUGUGGUUGCGUUGUUGAAGAGGAGGGGGGAGUAG